AUUAAUACGGAACAGAACGGCUUCCGCGCAACAACAAUUUUUUUUUACAAAAUAAAAACAAAUCAAGAGAAUGGCGACUGAAAGUACAUAUCGCUGCAUUGAGGAAUUGGAUGUCUUCACUGUCCCCCAUUGCAGGAUGAAACAUUUGCUAAAAAGGCUAGUAGGAAAGAUUGAGUUGACAGAUUUUUCCAGCAGCGAAGCAUUUUCCGAUAUGUUAACUGAACUAUAUGAGGCAUUUACAGAGUUAAAACAGCAUGAAGAAAUUGAGAACAAGUACAUUAUGCAUAUUUUGAAAAGAAAACUUGAAGGAGAAGCUUUAAAAAAGCUUCUCAUUCAUUUACAUGCUCAUAGCCACAUUGCUGAUAUUUUGAAUCAAAUAAAUAAGACAAACAAAAAAUUACGAAGUGGAAGAUAUAUGGAUAUGCAACAAAAAGGUACUAAGUUGAAUGCUAAGCUGCAUUCUUUCUACAAUGACUAUGUUCCACAUAUGAUUGAAGAAGAGCAGGUGUUGCAACCAAUGUUACUGAAGUAUGUUUCCCCAGGGGAGUUAAAAAAUAUAAAAAAUGUUGUUCUUCAGUUGCAUAAAAGUCAAAAACUUGAGGAGAAAAUUCUUGAUUUAGAAAUUGAAAAAGAAGAUUCUAAAGUUUUUGAUCUGCCAAUCGAACUUUUAAUUAAAGUGUUUUCGUAUCUUGGUCCCAAAGAUUUAUGCCACUGCUCACAGGUAGCUAAAUUAUGGAAAUCUGUUGCAGUGGAUGGUAGAUUAUGGGAAGUCCUUCACCCUAUUCGAUGGGCUAAAGGUGAUUGGAGGUUUAGCUCAGUAUCAAGUUCAGAUGAAAACAACUGUGAUUGCAGUCCUAACUAUAAAUUGCAAACAUUUAAUGAAUAUGAAUCAUUCAAAUAUUCAAAUGAUUAUGAAUCUUACAGUGUUGAAAAUGAUGAUGAAAAUGAUGAACAAUUUAAAAAAGAAGUGAAAAUAUUAAAUGGCAUAUCUUGUUAUUUACUUCCUCAUGUUGGAAGUUCUGUGAAAUGUUUAGUAUUGGAAUGCAGCAAAGCUAUUACAAAUGGAUUGCUGUUCCGAAUUUUAACACAGUGUAAAAAUCUUCAAUAUUUUGAUGUUUCACAAACCAUUAUAUCUGACUUAGGUCUAAUGGGGUUGUUUAAAUCAGGCUGUCAGGAACUACGACAUUUUGAUGUAUCUGGGUGUAAAAAUAUUACAGACAAAACUUUAGUGAAGUUAUCAGCUUCUAUUGGCAAAACUAAAAGAUGUUGUGGAUCUUUGUGUCAAGAAAAAGUCGUCCCAGUCGAAUGUUUUAAUACUAGACUUUCUCCUAAAAAAAAUCAAUCAAGGCAAUUGCAAACUUUAAGAUUAUCUGGCUGUUAUAAAAUUACUGAUGUUGGGCUCAGAGCUCUUGCAAAGUAUGGUGGUCUGCCUACCUUACGCCAUUUAGAUUUAUCAGGUUGCAUAAAUUUGACUACGGAAGGCAUUACCUUACUUGUUCAAACUUGUUUAGAACUUGAAGAGUUUUUUUAUUGUGAUAAUUUGUCUGAUGUUGAUUGCCAAAUUCAAUCCCAAGGUUGUCAAAAUAAUGGUUGCGCCAAUAGAGUCUGCUGUCGAACAAUAUCUGCUCGAUCUUCAUUUGAUUUCUUAGGUUAAGUUAUUUUGAUCUAUCGUAUAGUUUUUGCUAUAUUUUUCCUUGUAAUCAAUUAUCUUUAUAAUCAUCACCGUGUACAAAUAUUAAAAUACCAUUUAUAGACAAAAAUUAAAUGUUUGCGUGUAUUUAAAGUUAGUCGGUAAACCCACAAAAAAAAUUUGUUUUUUAA